AGGACGAGAGGAACUUUGUGUUGACGGUUAUAGAGAAUCAUACACAACAGACGGAUGUUCUUGAUGAGAAGCAGCAGCUCCUCUUCUUUGAGGCUGUAGGCCAUAUUAUAUCCGCUACUCCUCCAGGAGUUCAGAAUGAUUGUAUAGCAGCAUUAAUGGGUAAUUGUCUAAAAUCAUGGGGAGAAAUAAUAAAUAAAGGGAAAAAUAAUGCAGAAACCCUUUUUUCUGUACAAUCAGCUAAACAACUUGUACAUAUUAUUCGUAUUAGUCAAAGAAUUGCUAAGGAAACAUUACAUCUUCUUGAGGUGUAUGCUGAUGAGGCAUUACGUGAUGGACAAUCACCAGCAAAAAAAGAAACUGUUAAAGAACUUGUAGGACAAGUCUUACAGCCUAUUCUACAAGAUUAUAGGGAUAACACGCCGGACUCAAGAGACUGCGAAGUCUUGGCUCUUCUUGCGGUCCUUAUGGCUCGUCUUGACACUCACAUCUCCUCCGUUCUGCCGGUUAUAUUUGACUACAUUUUCGACUGUACUCUCCAAAUGAUCAAGUCGGACUUCCAGAGCUACCCCGACCACCGUGAGAGGUUUUACGCCUUAUUAAAGGCCUGCAAUCAGCAUUGUUUUGAGGGUUUAUUUUCUUUACCUUCACAGCAGUUGAAGGCUUUUGUUGAAUCCCUCGAGGAGGGUUUGCAGGUCACCUACGAGUUUUUGCAAAAGUUGAUUGACGGCAAAAGGGAGUUAUUAAGUGACUUUUGUAGUACAUAUUAUUUUAGUUUAAUGAAGGAAAUAUUAUUAGUAUUAACAGAUAGAUUACAUAGAUCAGGAUUUAAAUAUCAGACAUUAAUUUUUAUGUCUCUUCUUCGUAUUGUUGGAUUUGGUCUUGUUAGAGAUGAAGCUAAUGGGCUCACACAAGAAAAUGUCACGAAGAGUCUAAUAGAAUUAUUAAGCAGAAGUUUCCAAACACUGAAUCAUAAACAAGUGGAGGCAUUUGUUGUCGAUUUAUUCAACUUUUGCGGUGAUUCAACUCCUUCCCGUUUCCAACAACAUAUGCGCGAUUUCCUUAUUUCCCUUAAGGAGUUUGCUGGGGAUAAUGACGCGCUGUUCGAGGCAGAGAGAGAGGAAGCUCUGGAGAGAGCUAGAGAAUUGGAGAAGAAGAAGAGAGGCCAGGUGCCAGGGAUGACGCCUCAGUAUGAGUCCAUGGUAUCUAUUCACAACAUGGAGGAUUGA